AUGAGAGUGUGUGCCUGCAGCGCCUCAUACCUGCGGCAGUGGCUGCUGAGGGCUGUGUUUGUCUUGGCCGCUGUGCUGCCGCAAAGCACGGGCUGCCCCAAAUCAUGCGCCUGCUAUGUUCCCACUGAGGUGCACUGCACCUUCAGAUACCUGACCGCAAUACCUGACCAGAUCCAGCCAGCUGUGGAAAGAAUUAACCUCGGAUACAACAGCAUAAGUGUCCUGAGAGAGAAUGACCUGCCAGGACUGGACCACUUAGAGCUGUUGAUGCUGCAUAGCAACACCAUCCACAAUAUUGAAGACAGAGCCUUCCUCGGCCUCAAGUCCUUACAGGUCCUCAAGAUGUCCUAUAAUAAAGUAAAGGAAAUCAAAAAGGAGACAUUCAAAGGCCUAAACAGCCUGCUGAGACUCCACAUGGAUCACAACCACAUAGAAUUCAUCAAUCCAGAGGCUUUUUAUGGCCUGACGAAUCUACAGUUAGUCCAUCUGGAAGGAAACCACCUCCAGCAGCUCCACCCAGACACAUUUAUAACACUGAGACACAGCCAGGUGUUCAAGUUGUCCUCGGUGAGAAAUAUCCACCUGUCGGACAACCUCCUCACCAGCCUGCCUGCAGACAUCUUCUCAGGCAGCUCCCAGUUAGAGAACCUCUUCCUCCAUGGCAACCCCUGGUCAUGUGACUGCCGCAUGAAGUGGUUUCCAGUAUGGGCACAGAGAAACACAGGUGUGCUGAAAUGCAAGCGAGACAGGAAGUAUCCCGGUGGUCAGCUGUGCCCUGUCUGUGAGAAUCCUGCCUUUUACCACAGCAGGUCACUCUCCCUGCUGCACAGUGACAACUUCAUUUGCACUAAGCCCUGGAUACACGCCCAUCUAAAGCAGAAAAACGUCAGCCUGGAUGAGGGGGACUAUAUCCCAGUUUCCGCCAAGGACUUCAUUGCCCCAAUUGGCUCCAUGCAGAUGAAUUUCACUGACCAGUUUCAUAAUGAUGCCAGCCUAACCUGCACUGUCCAGAGGCCCUCUGCAUUGGAGAACCUGACACUGAGCUUGGAGGAGGAGGGGGAAAACAAUGUUACCAUGCUUACAGCCAGCAUAGCUACCUCCCUGGUCUGUAACAUUGAUCAUGAACAUAUACAACAGCUGUGGCACAUCCUUGCCACCUACAGUGACUCUCCCAUGAGGCUGGAGAGGGGCCUGAUGCUUGCCAGGAGCCCAGAGAUGGUGUACAAGUACAGCCAGAUCAGAGCCACAGAGGGACAACAGGAGAUCCACACAGACAUUGAGGCUGAGAUUAAAGCGUCUCCUGCGUGGUUGAUGCAGGGGGAGGUUAACUUCCAGCUUGACCGGACAACUACCACUUUCUCUACUCUGCAUAUUAAGUACAGAUCUGUGGUCAACCUACGUGUUCAGAACACAGCACCUAAGAGGGACCGCUAUAGCUGGACCAUGAUAAAGCGAGACAAUGAAACCAAGACUGAGCAUACUGUGCUGACAGGUGGAGUGGCACAGCUGAACUGCCAGACCAUGGGUGAGCCAAAGCCUUCAGUGGAGUGGAUUUUACCAGAUGGAACUAAGGUCAGAGCCCCUUACUUCAGUGAAGACAGGAGGAUCAUGAUCACAGCAGAAGGGACGCUCACUGUACGAGGAGCUGAUACCUCUGAUACCGGUCUCUACCGCUGCAUUUCUACAAACUACCUGGAUGCAGAUAUACUCAGCUUCCGGGUGACAGUUCUAUCACCUGAUGUGGAAGAAACAGAGAUAAAUGGCAUCCAACUCUCCCGACCACUGGGUGAAAACCUGAUUUUGGACUGUGGCUCCACAGGCAGCCCUGAGACUUCAGUCCAGUGGAUACUACCUGACCACUCAGUGCUGGACAAGUCUCAUGGGAGCAGGAAGGUGCAUAACAAUGGAUCCCUGCAAAUUCAGGGUCUCACAGAGAGGGAUCGAGGAUUUUUUAGGUGCCUUGCUUCUAACUACUUAGGAGUAGACCUGCUGGUGUCUCAGGUGACAGUGACUGAAGGGUCUGCGACAGUGACAGGGGUAGACAAUGAGGGGUCAGGCAUGGAAAUGGAAGUCAAGGUGGACCCCAGCUUGGCACAGGACAAGGUCUCUGACAAUGAGGUCUCUUCUGAUAGAGCUAGUCAGGAGUCCAGGACUGUUACCUCAGAUCGACCCUACCCAAGAUUCAGGUCACAGAGCAGAGGAGGCUCCGGACAAAGGCGGGGACAGAGAGGGAGGUUUCAAGUAGGCAACAGACGAAUCUGGAGCCAUAGGAGAGUCUUUGAUAAAACACCAAGGAAAGUGGACCCACAGAAAUUUGCUGAAUUUAUGAAAAAGGCCCAAGAGGGGUCAAAAAUAAAGACUGGCACAAUAAAAUACGAAGAGUCAGACACUAGUCUAUCUGGUGAUGGUGAAAGAGGUUCUGGCGAGGAUCAUAGUGAAGAUCAGCUCAUGAUUAUACCAAAGAUAGUCAGGCCAACCACAGAUAACCCACAAGAAAGUAACAUGUUCAGCCAAGAAAAUUAUAAUAGUCAGACUGAAACCAUCCCAACCACACAGAACAGUCAGCAUAACAUAACAGAAAAUACAGACACUUUAACAACAGAAUCAUAUACACAAUCAGAUCCUACACCAAUCAAAUCUGUAUUCACAAACACCAAACAAAGUAUUGAUGAGUUCAGAGAAUUGUAUACUAUAGAGGAAAAUACCAAACCGCCAUCAAAUCCAGUUACUGCCCAGCUCAGUGUGACAGACACUUCACAUGAAACCCAGCUCCAGUUCUCAGGAGAACCAGUUGGAGAACCAGAGACCUCCACUGGGUCAGUGCUGUCCUUUGUCACAGACCCCAACGUUACUCCAAUGAUGGAUGGGCCAGGUCCAGUGGAUCCAAUCAUCCAUACCUCCACUGACCCAGAAAGCCGCACCACUUUCACAGCUGUCACUACCACAGAAAGACAACAAGAUGAGAUUACCUUCCACACUACACAGAGGAUUAAAUCCCCACACCUACCUGCUGGAUCCACCAUUAUCUCCCACCAGCAAAUCCACAUCAUCCCACCCAAGAAGGGCCGGGGAGGGGGGCGAAGGAGGACCUUCCAAGGACGCAGGAGGAUCAUCAAACCCAAUAGGAUCACUGACAUACAGUCCUUCAUAAAUAAAUUCAAACAGCCCACACUGAAGAAGGAAGGGAAUGCUACAGUGCCAUAUACUAUUGAACUGACCACAGAUUGUAACUGUGAUGAGCAUGGGAAGAAGACAGCCACCACUGAUCCACAAGUUGUCAUACCUACAACUUCUAAUUCAUCUUCACGCAGAAUAGAGAGACCUGACUCUACACAAGAUACUGCAGUCACUACCAGUAACUAUUACAUUACUUCAAAUGUUGCCUCCACCCAUUCCCAGUCUAGGCCAGAAGUGUCCAGUGGCUACAUUACCUCAGCUGAUGCCCCAGAGAUUGACCUUACUCCUGAUCCAUACACAGCCACAAAGGAGGAACCAACGGUGUCCACCACCACUGCUGCUACCAACUCUAAGGUUAUCCGUGGAAGGAUUCCAUGGAAUAGGAUUUUUGGAGGCAGGGGCAGACAAAGGGGAAAUAUGUCAGGCAGGCUGUGGAGACCAUCUUCCACUACAGCAUCCUCAACUAAAACUGAAAUUACAACAGUGACCCCAACCACAACCCCUGCUAUUCUACCCACAGCUGAGUCUCUAGUUAUACCUCAGACAAUGUCCCCAUCCAGACAUAGAGAGAGCACAGAGAGCUCAUCAGAUGAUGACUAUGGAGAUUUCUCCUCUGCUGAUUCUGAGUUUACAACACAGCAACCUAGCACACACCGACAAAUUACUACCAGUCCAUUCUAUCAUUCUAGGUCCUCCACGACUGCUGAGACGGCACCAGAAUCUCAGACCUUACCUUCUCCACCGACUGUCAAACCACCCUCACAGACAACUAGUGAUGAAACCUUAUCAUCUGGGUCUGGUGGAUAUGCUAGUAACUGGUUUGCAAUCCACCGGAGGCCUGGCGGAGCAGGGAGACCAUUAGGCCGGAGGAGGAGGCCCUUCAGGGGCCGGAGACCUUUCAAGAAGCCUACAACCGCUGAAGCUCCUACCAUCACAGUAGAGGCUACAACAACUGAAGAAAUGCCUGUAGAGACAACCAUGGAAACCACUAUGGCAACUACCGUGGAGACCACCAUGCUACCUCAGAAGACCAUCUCAGUCUCCAAGCCCAUGCACACUCCAUCCAAGGAUACAGACAGAUCAGCAGUGACUAUGUCCACUGAUCAGACCUCAGGGGAGGUGACAGACUCAUAUGAAGAUGCUGUCUGGAGUGAGUCAACCUCUAGUAGUUAUCCAGCUUACACUACAACCAACAGACCUUGGACCAUCUCAACCACAUUUAAGCCUACAACCACAUUCAGACCAACUACCACAAGAAGACCUUAUACUACAACUCAGUACAGAGUCAACAGUAACAUCAGACCACCAACAGAGAGGAACAUUGGUCACACACAGAGGCCCAUGAUUAGGAGAAUCAGACCCACUGUACCUAGUAGUGGAGCUAGAGGAAUUUCAGAGAAGACCCUCACCUUCGACACAAAGACUGUCUACAAUCAUAUUACUGGCAAUGAGGCUACAAGUGCCAAUACUGUGGGCUUGGAACCCACCACCAAGGACAUGCCAACGAAGCCCAAGAUAGUGGGAGGCAAUGCAGCCAGCUUCACCGUGUUGUCCAACUCUGAUGCCUUCCUGCCCUGUGAGGCUGUUGGAGAUCCUGAGCCAACUAUCAGCUGGAAACGUUUUUCCUCCAGUACAGGCAGCACAAUUACCAUCAAGGGGAAGAUGGGCAAGUUUGAAGUAUUCAGUAAUGGCACGCUGUCCAUCCAAAAUGCCAACAUUAAGGAUCGUGGACAGUACCUGUGUCUAGCUGAGAGUGAUCAGGGAUCAGACAAACUGCUGGUCACACUCUCUGUUGUGGCCUACCCUUCUCGCAUCCUGGAGCCAAAAAUGCGAGAGAUAAAGUCCCAUGCAGGGAGGAAUGUGGAGAUGAAAUGUAAAGCAGAAGGUCGACCCACACCUAUGAUAUCCUGGAUCCUCGCCAACCGGACCCAAGUAAGAGGUCAUAACUCAGACAAGGGGAGGGUGUAUGUGACCACCGAGGGGACCCUGGUCAUUCAGCAGGUGUCUGUGUAUGACAGAGGCCACUACAAAUGCAUCGCCAGUAACCCAGCUGGAGCUGACACAGCUACAGUACGACUACAGGUGGUGGCAGCUCCCCCAGGUAUCCUGGAGGAGAAACGACAGCAAGUGAGGGCAAGUGUGAGCCAGAGCCUGUGGCUGCCUUGUACUGGCCAGGGCAAUCCUCAGCCUACUAUCCACUGGGUCCUCUACGAUGGGGCUGUGGUGAAGUCUAACAGGCCUGUUUUUGACUCCAGGGUAUCGGUGUAUGAAAAUGGCACCCUCCACCUUAAAGAUGUGACUUCAGCAGACAAUGGGAAAUAUGAAUGUAUUGCUACCAGCUCUACAGGCUCAGAGCGAAGGGUGGUGAUUCUGACAGUGGAGGAGCAAGAGUCUACCCCUCAGAUAGUAGAGACAUCCCAACACAUGACAGAGCUGUCCUAUGGGGACCAGUUGAGACUGAACUGUGUAGCCACAGGAGACCCCAAACCCAGGAUCAUCUGGAGGCUGCCCUCCAAAGCUGUGGUAGACCAGUGGCACAGGAUGGGCAGCCGAAUACAGGUCCUGGAUAACGGCACUCUUAUCGUUCAUUCUAUAAAUGAUAAAGAUGCCGGAGACUAUCUCUGUGUGGCACGAAGCAAAAUUGGUGAUGACCUCCAACUCAUGAAGGUCAGUGUUUCGAUGAAGCCAGCCAAGAUAGAGCCUAAGGUUUACAACAAGAAGCAGGUUCACUAUGGUAAUGACUUGAAGGUGGACUGCAAAGCCUCAGGGGCUCCACAGCCAGAGAUCUCCUGGGCUCUACCAGAUGGUACAAUGGUGAACAGUGCCCUGCAGUCUGAUAGUAGUAAUGGAGGAGGACGAGCACGCCGUUAUAUUCUGUUCGACAAUGGAACACUUUUCCUCAACCAGGUUGGCAUGUCAGAGGAAGGGAAGUACACCUGCUAUGCUGAGAACCAGAUGGGCAAGGAUGAAAUGCAUGUACAUAUCACCGUGGUAACUGCUUCCCCCAGGAUACGCUCACCCAGCCAGACCUAUGCCAAGGUGAAGCCUGGAGGGAACAUCCGCUUUGACUGUGAAGCAGUUGGAGAACCCAAGCCCAAGAUCUUGUGGAUGCUUCCCUCCAACGACAUAAUUGCAGCAUCUAAUGAGCGCUACUUAAUGCAUGUAAAUGGUUCUCUGGACAUCAGGGAUGUGAAGCUGAUUGAUGCUGGGGAGUAUGUGUGUAUGGCUCGCAACAAUGCUGGAGAAAACAGGAAAGUCUACAAACUGGAUAUAGAUGGAAAUCCACCCGUGAUAAAUGGUUAUCACCAGAACAGAACUGUUAUCAAAGACACAGCAGCUAAAUACUCAAGGAAGCUUAUAGACUGUAAAGCUGAGGGAGAUCCGGCUCCUACAGUCACCUGGAUUAUGCCUGACAACAUCUUCCUAACAGCCCCAUACUUUGGCAGUAGAAUUAACGUCCAUCAUAAUGGGACAUUAGAGAUUCGCAAUGUGCGGCCAACUGACACAGCAGAGUUUAUCUGCAUGGCAAGGAAUGAUGGUGGUGAGGCAGUAAUGGUGGUACAGCUGGAAGUGGCCAGUACGCUCAGAAGGCCCAUCUUCAAAAACCCCUUUAAUGAGCGCAUUGUUUCUCGGAUGGGGAAGACCACGGUUCUAAACUGCUCUGCCAACGGAUACCCACCACCAGAGAUGAUCUGGACCCUACCUAAUGGGACCCGUUUUACUGCUGGGCCUGACCGUGGCUCCCGCCACCACCUAGGGCAAGAUGGGACUUUAGUCAUCUACAACCCAAGCAAAGAGGAUGCUGGAAAGUAUCGCUGCGCUGCUAAGAAUUCCAUGGGAUACAUAGAGAAGUUAAUUGUACUGGAGGUUGGACAGAAGCCUUACAUAUUGACAAGGCCAAGGGGCAUCAUACGCAGCGUGUCGGGGGACCCUCUCUUCCUUCACUGUCUGGCUGAUGGAAGCCCCAGACCAAGCAUCUUCUGGACUGUCCCUGGUGGCCACACCCUCACCCGGCCUCAGGUCCUUGGGCGCUACCAGUUGCUAGAGAAUGGGACACUGAUUGUCCAGGACACCACUCUUCAUGACCGGGGAAAUUAUGUCUGUAGGGCACAGAAUGAUGUUGGGGAGGCUGUUCUCUCUGUCCCUGUUAUUAUCAUUGCCUACCCUCCCCGAAUCACUUCUGGGCCACCUCCCAAUGUGAGGGCAGUGGCUGGGGCACCUAUCCAGCUCAACUGUGCUGCUAUUGGCAUUCCCAAGCCAGAGAUCACCUGGGAACUGCCUGAUCAUUCAAUUCUGUCUACAGCAGGGCAGGGCAGACCCACAGGUAGCGAACUGCUUCACCCCCAGGGAACACUUAUUAUUCAAAGACCCACAUCAUCAGACUCUGGAACAUACAAGUGUUUGGCCAAGAAUCACCUGGGCACAGACUCAAAGGGCACAUUUGUACAUGUGCUGUGA